AUGAAUAUCAAUACGUUUAGCAGUAGUGGAACGGUGGUUAUCUUAAUUACUGAAAUACAGUGUAAAAAUAAUACUGAAGCUCCAGUACCUAGAGUGUACAAAAAAUCAGCUCUCAGGAGGAUCAUUGCUAAGAGAGAAGUUACAUGUAACCAGGAUGAAUACAAUGUAGAUGCUGAGUGUUGCAGGAAAUGUAAACCUGGUUUUGUUAAAAAUAUCAGCUGCCCAAAAGAUAUUAGCAAACACUGUGUUCCCUGUAUAAAUGGAAAGGAGUACAUGGAUCAUGCCAAUCAGAUGGACAAGUGUUUGAGAUGCUCUUCAUGUGACAGCAUAUUCGGUUUGGUGGUUGCAAAGAACUGUACCCAAGCACGAAACACAGAGUGUGCCUGUGCAGAGAACCAUUUUUGCAAUCCUUCUGCACCAUGUACUAGCCAUUGUGAUCCAUGUACCAUAUGUGAAAGUGGUGCCAUUGAAAAACAAUGUACUUCAACUUCAGACACUGUGUGCAAAAUGAAAGAAACGGGACUGCCGUGGUGGGUCACUGCUUUGAUAAUUGUGUUAUCGCUACUGGCAGUAAUAGCUGGAGUAAUAUUCUUCUAUGUAAUUUUGUAUUCUUGGAGUUCAGAGGAGGAAAUAUACUCUGUCCUAUAUUUUUCUGUUGCAGGGAAGAGAAGACAGAGGGGUCGUACCAGGAAAGAGAAUAUAGGUGAAGUCCUCAAACAAGAGAUUCCUUAUGAGAACAUACCCCUUAUAUGCACAGAUAUUGACCUGAGCAGCCAUAUUGCUGCUAUUGUGGAGGAGAUGACGCUCCAAGAUGUCAAGACAUUUGUUCGUUACCACCUAGUGUCAGAAUCUGUCAUAGAUCAACAUAUUCGGGAUUAUUGUAAUGAUACAUCUGAACAGAAGAUUAAGCUGUUUCAAACCUGGUAUCAAAGACAUGGGUUAAAAGGAGCCUAUGGAACCCUAAUAACCAGCUUAAGAAAGUUGAAAAUGCGUACUGCAGCUGAUAAAAUCGAGCAAAAGCUGAAGGCAGCUGUUUCUAGCUGUCAGGAGAGGAGACAGUCUUAUAAUAAUGACAUUGAGCAAAGCAACACCUGCACUCAGGAAGACAGAAACUCUUGCAACGAUAGUGCUAAACUAAGCAAAACCUGUUCUAGUAGUUUGGAAGAGACAUAACAUAGUCAUUUGCAAAAUAUUUCUGACUGAAUUAAUAUUUUUCUAAUAAUAUAAACAAAGGUUUUAAACACCAUUUUCAUUGUCAGUUCUGACUCAAGAAAGUUAUA